CCCUAGGCGCCUAGGCGGGGUGGCAGUGGCCAUUGGCGGAUAGGAGGGCGGGGCGGGCUCGCCGGGAGCGGCUAUACUAGGCCGUUCCAGUGGAGGUGAGCAAUCGGCCUGAGAGGCACAGUGUGUGUUGCAGCGAUCCGGCUUGCAGCAGCGGUCCGGCUUGCAGCAACGAUCCGGCUUGACCCUGGGAGGAAGGCUGUGUGCAACAGCGAUCCGGCUUGGCCAUGGCAGCGGCGCCUCUGAAAGUGUGCAUCGUGGGCUCGGGAAACUGGGGCUCAGCUGUGGCAAAGAUCAUUGGAAGCAACGUGAAGAACCUGCAGAAGUUCUCCUCCACCGUCAAGAUGUGGGUCUUCGAGGAGACCGUGAAUGGGAGGAAGCUGACGGACAUCAUCAACAAUGACCAUGAGAACGUGAAAUAUCUCCCAGGACACAAGCUGCCGGAGAAUGUGGUCGCUGUCCCAAAUCUCAGUGAAGCUGUGCAGGAUGCAGACCUGCUGGUGUUUGUCAUCCCCCACCAGUUCAUUCACAAGAUCUGCGACGAGAUCACAGGCAGGGUGCCCAAGAAGGCGCUGGGGAUCACCCUCAUCAAGGGCAUAGACGAGGGCCCCGACGGGUUGAAGCUCAUCUCCGACAUCAUCCGAGAGAAGAUGGGAAUUGAUAUCAGCGUGCUGAUGGGAGCCAACAUUGCCAGUGAGGUUGCUGCGGAGAAGUUCUGUGAGACCACCAUUGGCAGCAAAGUGAUUCAGAACGGCCUUCUCUUCAAAGAGCUGCUGCAGACGCCCAACUUUAGAAUCACUGUGGUAGACGAUGCAGACACCGUGGAGCUUUGCGGUGCUCUUAAGAACAUUGUUGCAGUGGGAGCUGGCUUCUGCGAUGGCCUCCGCUGUGGGGACAACACGAAGGCGGCCGUCAUCCGCCUGGGCCUCAUGGAAAUGAUCGCUUUCGCCAAGAUCUUCUGUAAGGGCCAGGUGUCCACGGCCACCUUCUUGGAGAGCUGUGGGGUGGCUGACCUCAUCACCACCUGCUAUGGAGGGCGGAACCGCAGGGUGGCAGAGGCCUUCGCCAGGACUGGGAAGACCAUCGAAGAGCUGGAGAAGGAGCUGCUGAAUGGACAGAAGCUUCAGGGACCUCAGACGUCGGCGGAAGUGUACCGCAUCCUCAAGCAGAAGGGGCUGUUGGACAAGUUUCCCCUCUUCACUGCAGUGUAUCAGAUCUGCUAUGAAGGCAAGCCUGUCACACAGAUGCUGUCCUGCCUGCAGAGCCAUCCGGAGCACAUCUGAAGGAAAUCAUGCAGACAUAAGGAACAGCUCUGCCUUGCCCAUUGUAGGACCACCAGAAAACCAGGGUUUGGCAGUGAGAUCCUGCUGAACUGUACUCUGAUCUGAACACAUACAAAUUGUUACAGCUUUGUCUCUGUGCCAGGAGAGGCACUCUACCGGCUAACAUGUGUCGGGUAACAGCUACAGACACACACGCACAUGAGUGAGUGUGUGUGAGAGUGUGUGUGUGUCUUUGUGUGUGUGUGUGUAUAUGUGUACAAGUGUGCACUUUUCUCAUUCUGAGUGUUCCUCUGAACCCAAACCAGGUGUCUAUUUUAAUGAUCACAUUUUAAACUUCCCCUCCAGGGCAGCUUGUGAGAUUAGAACUAACUCAGCUAAAUUUUAUGGCUGUGACUGGUUUAUAUGCGAGUGAAGGGAGUCAGUGAUUUGUUUUUUCCUCUGAAACAGUCAUCCAACGUUAAAAAGGUCUGCAUAUAUGUGCGUUUAAAGACCACCACACUUUAAACAGCAUCUCAGAGCCAGCAGCACAAGCUCCUUAGAUUGUGAAUUGAUGGCUUAUAAUCAGGUGUUUUAAUUAGAUACUCCACGUACACAUUUCUUGAUACAGAUACCACAUUUCUCUCCUCUUUCCUCUUCACUCGCUGCUAGAAUGGGUUUUUAUACAGACCCAGCGAGGCAGAGGAAGGAGACAUCCCUGCAGUAGCUGGCAUUUCCUCCCGGGGACACUUUAUCAUGUUCUUUGUUAGGUGAGACUUUUCUACAGCUGGGUCUCUUCAGGCUCAUGGAGUCUUCAAGGGGGCCACUGUCACUUCUCAUGCAUGUAAGAAGCCAUAGCUGUAUUUGGUCACCCAGGGACAUGGACACAUCCCUCUAUCCCUCCAGGAUGGGACCUGCUAGGAUGUCACUGGGCCUCUCUGACCUGGCUGUUUGUAGGAAUGAUAUGUUCAGCCUUUCCUGAGGCCACAGAAGGGCUUCCUGCCUUGGAGAUCUGUGUGGCAAAGAGUUGGAAAGUCACCACUCCAAAUGAUGUCCCCAAUCUAGGGGACAUCCAGCUGAUGAUUACACUCUUAAGAAAGAUAGUUCCCAGGUCUCAAAAAUAGCCCCUGCACUUGGGAGGCAGAGGCAGGCAGAUUUCUGAGUUCGAGAGUUUGAGGCUAGCCUGGUCUACAGAGUGAGUUCCAGGACAGCCAGGGCUACACAGAGAAACCCUGUCUCGUAAAACCAAACCAAGAAAAAAAAAUAGCCCCUGUGUUUCCACAUUGCCUUCCAUGUACUUCUGAUGCUCACUACAGUUUGAGAGCCACUGCAUUAGAGAAUUUACAGCCUUUGCCGAACAAUGUUCUAUAAGAGACAAGUGCCCUCGAGUCUCCUAGAGGGGGAGGGAACCUGGAUGCUCGGAACCUGCUAAGAAGUCCCAAACAUAUUAGACUAUGAGAUUUUUUACUAGAAUAUUAACAAUUUCUAGAGAAUACUGCUAUAGGGUGAGGUGACCCUCACUCUUCAUGGGGAAUCAGGAUGACUAACUUCCUGUGAGAGUUUGUUCUAUGUAGUAGCCUGGGCUGGCCUUGAACUUGUCACCUUCUUGCUUCUGUCUCCUGAGUGGCCUGGGUUUUGCAGUUUCUGACCUUUCUGAAUCCCUGAAGAAGUUUUUAGGAGACAGGGUCAGGCACAGACAAGUCUAUGUUGACUCACUGAAACGCACACUAUCUGGAAUGAGUGCUUUGGAUGCUAGAAUUAGAACACAGAUGAUUUUAUCUUUAUUUAAAAACCGGGUGUCCGGGAUGGGGGGUGGGGAAGAGCAUACAGACGCCAUUGUCCUGUGCUUUUAGCUUAUGAGAGUUUCCACUUCCUCCCCCUCAUUCUGGGUUUGUUAGCCCCCACCCUUGUAUAACUGAAAAUGAUUGUAAAAUAAAUUUUUAUGGGAAUUUUUAAAACUAUCCAAGAAGACUUUUAGAGCAUUGUAAAGUCCCAUACCUAAAGCAUUGUAAAGUCCCAUACCUAAAGCGCACAGCAGGGUGAAGACUUCCGUUUUCAUAAUGAUGUUGUCAAUCAAUUUUUUUCUUGCCUCCUGGUCUUUUUUGUUUUUGUUUUUUUUAAACUCUGUACAUAUGUAACAAGGAGUUACUUUUUAAGAUAUCCAAAGGGCUGAGAGCUACCAUGGUGUCUACAAAGUAGCACAGUGCAGAAUUGUUAACCUUUGUGUUUUGUGUCCUUAUUUACAUUCACCCUCUCUCUGGUCUUGUGUCCCUUCCUUCCCUCAUGAAUGACCCUUACUGACUGACAUCCCCCUGAAGUCAGCUGAUGUGCUUAUCAUCAUCCACCCAUGAUGGAAACAGGUCAAUUUCUUGUUCGUGCUCUGAUGGCCCGAGGUGUUACUCUGAGUUAGCUAUUUUGUAACCUUGUAACCACCUGCUGAUUGGUGUUUCUUGUGGUGAUUGGGUCAGGGACAUCUAGAAACUUCACCUGUGAAUGUAAAACUAAGCUCUUGCAUUGAUACUUUCUCCACCGCAGUUUUGGACAAACCUCUGGAAAUCCACCCCUGGGGCUAAGCCUGCCUUCUGGUGUUUUCACAGGUGGCCUAAGGAGGGUGCUGUGUGAGAUUGCAGUGUCUAAACAGAAUUGUUUCUUCACCACGUCUGACUGGCUGCCUCAUACUUCCAUAAGUACUGUAUUUGUUUACGGACUGUAGGUGGAUGUGAAGUGUAAAGGCUUGGUUUAAUAAACACAACUCUCAAACCGGUA